GUUCCUUGUGCUUGUGUGCCCCAGAGUCUAACACCGCUGUGUGUGGGGCCACUAGCUACAUCUUACGUUAGUGUGACAGCUUUGUGAGAAAUGGCAUACAGCCUGUGGAUUGCCCUAGUCCUUCUCCCGGUUCUGGUGCACUCUCAAAGUGGAAGAGAAUGGGCUGACAAUGGUGAGCUGCCUUUUCUCUUUUAGAGUUAUUGUAAUUCUCUUUAAGAAUGAUUUACAUUCACUGCAACGUUUGUGUCCACAAAUACAGUGAUGGUGCAUCAUUGACUGUUAAUUCUCACUCCAUACCAUUUCUUUAGUUGACAAAAUGUAUCUGGAUUUGCUGCUCUUGACCUCAUCUAAAUUGCUGAACUUCUUUCAUUUCCCUCCCAGAACCCAGAAUACUCUGCACUUCUCAUCUCAGUCUGUUGUCACCAAACACCCUAACCUGCCACCUCGACGAUGACAAUGAAGAUGAUGAAAUAGAGGACGUAAAAGCCAUGACUCUUUGGUAACGAACCUCCUAGAAGACCACUGAACAUCAGCUGUGUUAGUUAGGAGCUUAUACAACACAUAGGACAAAAAUCAUGGGUAGAAGAACUCCACCCUUACUGCACAUUCAGAUAUCCAAAUGUGUAGAAUCCUCAGAUAGAUUAGGAAAUUAUUCCUCAAAUCUGAUUUUAUGAACAUUAUGUUUACAGCUACAGCGAGAGCAGUGAUGAGCAACGCUGUCUGACAGAGAAUGGGAAUAAUGUCACAUUUACGGACCUGGCCACUCUGCCGCUGUAUAAUCUCACCAUUCAAUUAAAUAGAGGCAGCACAUUUUGGAAAACAAUUAUCUUGGCAAAAAUAAGUAAGUUAUCAUCAUUUCAUACCUUCUCACCCUAAAUUACACCAAUUUGUCACAUGCUUCGUAAACAACAGGUGUAGACGAACAGUGAAAAUGCUUACUUACGGGUACUUUUCCAACAAUGCAAAAAAAUAAAUAUAGAAUAUUAGAAAAACAAGAGGAAUAAAUACACAAUGAGUAACGGUGACUUGGCUAUAUACAUGGGUAGUACCGAGUCGAUGUGCAGGGGUAUGAGGUAAUUGAGGCAGACAGUACAUGUACUGUAUGUUUAUAGGUAGGGAUAAAGUGACUAGGCAACAUAGAUAAUAAACAGUAGCAGCAGCGUAUGUGAUGAGUCAGAAGAGUUAGUGAAAAAAGGGUCAAUGAAAAUAGUCCGGAUAGCUAUUGGUUAUAUUUAUUUUUUCACCCCUUUUUUCUCCCCAAUUUCGUGAUAUCCAAUUGGUAGUUACAGUCUUGUCCCAUCGCUGCAACUCCCGUACGGACUCGGGAGGGGCGAAGGUCGAGAGCCAUGCGUCCUCUGAAACACGACCCUGCACUGCUUCUUGACACACUGCUUGCUUAACCCGGAAGCCAGCCGCACCAAUGUGUCGGAGGAAACACCGUACAACUGGCAACCGAAGUCAGCGUACAUACGCCCAGCCCACUAGAGCACGAUAGGACAAGGACAUCAUGGCAGGCCAAACCCUCCCCUAACCCGGACGAAGCUGGGCCAAUUGUGCGCCGCCUCAUGGGUCUCCCGGUCGCGGCUGGCUGCGACACAGCCUGGGAGGCCUAUUGGUUAUCUUUUUAAUUAACAAUUUAGCAGCCUUAUGGCUUGGGGUAGAAGCUGUCAGAGUCCUGUUGGUUCCAGACUUGGUGCAUCGUAGUAGAGAGAACAGUCUAUGACUUGGGUGGCUGGAGAUAGCCCUAUUUGGUAAAAUACCAAGUCUAUAUUAUGGCAAGAACAGCUUAAAUAAGCAAAGAGAAACGACAGUCCAUCGAUACUUUAAGACAUGAAGGUCAGUCAAUACGGAACAUUUCAAGAACUUUGAAAGUUUCUUCAAGUGCAGUCGCAAAAACCAUCAAGCGCUAUGAUGAAACUGGCUCUCAUGAGGACCGCCACAGGAAAGGAAGACCCAGAGGUACCUCUGCUGCAGAGGAUAAGUUCAUUAGAGUUACCAGCCUCAGAAAUUGCAGCCCAAAUAAAUGCUUCACAGAGUUCAAGUCACAGACACAUCUCAACAUCAACUGUUCAGAGGGGACUGCGUGAAUCAAGCCUUCAUGGUCGAAUUGCUGCAAAUAAACCACUACUAAAGGACACCAAUAAGAAGAAGAGACUUGCUUGGGCCAAGAAACACGAGCAAUGGACAUUAGACCGGUGGAAAUCUGUCCUUUGGUCUGGAGUCCAAAUUUGAGAUUUUUGGUUCCAACCGCCGUGUCUUUGUUAGACGCAGAGUAGGUGAACUGAUGAUAUCUCCACAUGUGUGGAUUCCACCGUGAAGCAUGGAGGAGCAGGUGUGAUGGUGUGGGAGUGCUUUGCUGGUGACACUGUCAGUGAUUUAUUUAGAAUUCAAGGCACACUUAACCAGCAUGGCUACCACAGCAUUCUGCAGUAAUACGCCAUCCAAUCUGGUUUGCGCUUAGUGGGACUAUCAUUUGUUUUUCAACAGGACAAUGACCCAAAACACACCUCCAGGCUGUGUAAGGGCUAUUUGACCAUGAAGGAGAUUGAUGGAGUGCUGCAUCAGAUGGCCUGGCCUCCACAAUUACCCAACCUCAACCCAAUUGAGAUGGUUUGGGAUGAGUUGGACCGCAGAGUGAAGGAAAAGCAGCCAACAAGUGCUCAGCAUAUGUGGGAACUCCAUCAAGAGACUGAAAAGCAUUCCAGGUGAAGCUGGUUGAGAGAAUGCCAAGAGUGUGCAAAGCUGUCAUCAAGGCAAAGGGUUACUACUUUGAAGAAUCUAAAAUCUAAAAUCUAUUUUGAUUUGUUUAGCACUUUUUUGGUUACUACAUGAUUCCAUGUGUCAUUUCAUAGUUUUGAUGUCUUCACUAUUAUUCUACAAUGUAGAAAAUAGUAUAAAUAAAGUAAAACCCUUGAAUGAGUAGGUGUGUCCAAACUUUUGACUGGUACUGUAGGUAUUACAGACUGGGUCAGGGAGAGGUUGAAAAUGUCAGUGAAGACACUAUGUUCGAAUGACAGUACCAUGACACAUUCUUACAUGACAUCUUCCAUCAAUUGAUAGCCCUUAGUUGUAUCCUUCAUCGAUUACCCUUAACACUUAUCCUCUGUUUCUUGUUCAUUUGUUCAUCUUUACGGUUCAGUUAAACCCAUGAGUCCUUGGGUGGUGAAUGUCACAUUUCUGUGGAGCUCCAACCAGGCUUUUAUUUACAUUGGGAAUCCAUACCUAAAUGAUUACCUGAAACCCAACAAUCAACUGUUCCAAUUUCGCAUCUGGAGUGUCAAAAAUACUCUGGUACAGUAGCUAAAAACCUAUUUUUCUUGGAUUUGUAGAUACAAACGCUUAAUUAUAUGAUUUAUAUUUAUUAUAUUUCCCUUUAAUUUAAUCAGAAAUAAUAAUUAUUUAACAACACUGUAGUUACUCUGUAUAGUACAGUAUAUUCUAUGAAUACAAUUUCUUGUCUUUUUCUUAUUUUAUGGUGUACCCUGUUCAUAGGUUCAAAACAUAACCUAUCAGCCUCUGAUCAUCGAGGGGGACGAGUACCUCCAUAAGAACACAGAGUAUCACGUCAAGGUUCGAGCCAAGCCAAACGGGAAGUACUUUGAUGGUAGCUGGAGUGAAUGGAGUGCCUCUCUCAGUUUCAGAACAGACGCAGGUAAAAAAAGACUUACGGCGUCUAAAAAGUAUAGCAUGAUAUCGAGACUGUGCAUUUGGAAGUGAUUGAGGGUAGAGGAAAUGGGAGUCACAUGCAUUGUCUCUGCUCUCUUUCUCUCCCCACUCCCCUACAGAGACAAAUGUGCAGAUGCUGACCUACUCACUCAUUGUGGCCAUUUUUGAUCUGCUGCUGGUGACUUUGGCAGUUAGUAUUUUCUGGAGAAAACAGUGAGUAUUAAAUUGGUCUCCUUUUCCUCUGCAAAUCAUAUUUUGUGUGUGUGUGUGUGUACGUGUGUGUGUGUGUGUGUGUACGUGUGUGUGUGUGUGAGUGUGUACGUGUGUGUGUGUGUACGUGUGUGUGUGUGUACGUGUGUGUGUACGUGUGUGUGUGUACGUGUGUGUGUACGUGUGUGUGUGUGUACGUGUGUGUGUGUGUGUGUGUGUGUGUGUGUAUGUGCAUGUCCUCCAUGUCAGCCUCUCUCAUGUCUCUCUUUCCUCACAGAAUACAUUCCUUCAUAUGGCCAAGCAUUCCACAUCCCAAACACACACUUCUCCAGAUCGUCCAGACCUACGAGCCAAUGAAGGUAUACUAUACAGUGCAUUCGGAAAGUAUUCAGACCCCUUGACUUUUUCCACAUUUUGUUACGUUACAGCCUUAUUAAAAAAAAAAAAAGUUUCCUCAUCAAUCUAAACACAAUACCCCAUAAUGAAAUAUCACAUUUACAUAAGUAUUCAGACCCUUUACUCAGUACUUUGUUGAAGCACCUUUGGCAGCGAUUACAGUCUUGAGAGUUCUUGCUCAGUUUGGCCGGGCGGCCAGCUCUAGGAAGAGUCUUGGUGGUUCCAAACAUCUUCCAUUUAAGAAUGAUGGAGGCCACUGUGUUCUUGGGGACCUUCAAUGCUGCAGAAUGUUUUUGGUAACCUUCCCCAGAUCUGUGCCUCGACACAAUCCUGUCUCUGAGCCCUACGGACAAUUCCUUCGACUUCAUGGCUUGGUUUUUGCUCUGACAUGCACUGUCAACUGUGGGACCUUAUAGACAGGUGUGUGCCUUUCCAAAUCAUGUCCAAUCGAUUGGAUUUACCACAGGUGGACUCCAAUCAAUUUGCAGAAACAUCUCAAGGAUGAUCAAUGGAAACAGGAUGCACCUGAGCUCAAUUUCGAGACUCAAAGCAAAGGGUCUGAAUACUUAUGUAAAUAAGGUAUUUCUGUUUUUUAUUUGUAUACAUUUGCAAACAUUUCUAAAAACCUGUUUUCGGUUUGUCGUUAUGGGGAAUUGUGUGUAGAUUAAUGAGGAAAAUAUAUAAUUUAAUCCAUUUUAGAAUAAGGCUGUAACGUAACAAAAUGUGGAAAAAGGGAAGGGGUCUGAAUACUUCCCGAAUGCACUGUAUAUACAGAAGUAUGUGGACACCCAUUCCUAUUAGUGGAUUCUGCUAUUUCAGCCACACCUGUUGCUGACACGUAUAUAAAAUCCAGCACACAGCUAUGCAAUCUCCAUAGACAAACUUUGGCAGUAGAAUGGCCUUACUGAAGAGCUCAGUGACUUUCAACGUGAUGCCACCUUUCCAACAAGUCAGUUCGUCAAAUUUCUGCCCUUCUAGAGCUGUCCCGGUCAACUAUAAGUGCUGUUAUUGUGAAGUGGAAAUGUUUAGGAGCAACAACGGCUCAGACGCGAAGCGGCCACACAAGCUCAUAGAACGGGACAGCCGAGUACUGAAGCGCGUAGCGCGUAAAAAUAGUCUGUCCUCGGUUGCAACACUCACUACCGAGUUCUAAACUCUCACUGGAAGCAAUGUCAGCACAAGAACUGUUAGUCGGGGGCUUCAUGAAAUGGGUUUCCAUGGCCAAUCAGCCACACACAAGCCUAAGAUCACCAUGCACAAUGCCAAACGUCAUCUGGAGUGGUGUAAAGCUCUCCGCCAUUGGACUCUGGAGCAGUGGAAACACAUUCUCUGAGGUGAUGAAUCACGCUUCACCAUCUGGCAGUCCGACAGACGAAUCUGGCUUUGGCAGAUGCCAGGAGAACACUACCUUCCCGAACGCAUAGCACCAACUGUAAAGUUUGGUGGAGGAGGAAUAAUGGUCUGGGGCUGUUUUUCAUGUUUCGGGCUAGGCCCCUUAGUUCCAGUGAAGGGAAAUCUUAACACUACAGCAUACAAUGACAUUCUAGAUGAUUCUGUGCUUCCAACUUUGUGGCAACAGUUUGGGGAAGGCCCCUUCCUGUUGCAGAAUGACAAUGCCCCCAUGCAUAAAGCGAGGUCCAUACAGAAAUGGUUUGUCGAGAUCCAUGUGGAAGAACUUGACUGGCCUGCACAGAGCCCUGACCUCAACCCCAUCGAACACCUUUGGGAUGAAUUGGAACGCUGACUGCGAGCCAGGCCUAAUCGUCCAACAUCAGUGCCCGACCUCACGAAUGCUCUUGUGGCUGAAUGGAAUCAAGUCCCCGCAGCAAUGUUCCAACCUCUAGUGGAAAGCCUUCCCAGAAGAGUGGAGGCGGUUAUAGCAGCAAAGGGGGACCAACUCCAUAUUAAUGCACAUGAUUUUGGAAUGAGAUGUUCGACGAGCAUUUUGGUCAUGUAGUGUAAAUCCUCUGAUAUGCACUAGACUGGGAACAAUAAUGUCCAUAAUGAGUUAGGAGGAUAUUGGUUUAUCUUGUCUCUUUCCUGUGACCCAGCAGGGCCAACCUCUGAGCUUCAACCCUGAGGUGUUCAGUGAUCUCAACAUCCAGCCGGUGGAGCUGGCCGGGGAGCAGCACGUUACUGCCCAACCCACUGACUCUGACGCCCAAUACCUCACUGAGGUCAAAGAUCAAUGCCUCAUUCAAGAGUGUGAUGGGGAUACGAAGUCCUGCCAUAGCACCAGUACUGGAGGGUCGGAGGCCAUACUGUUGAGGUGUGAGUCCCCAGGAGAGCACCUCAACUUUGGGGCUGGGAGCACUGACUCCAACAUGUGCAUCCUGGAUCUGAAGAGUGACACGGAGAGCGUGGAGACAGACGACAGUGAUGGUAACGUUGGUUCUGAGGCGCUAGGUGCUACCCAGCAAGAUGAGGUGUAUGUCACCAUGUCUAGUUUCUAUCAGAUCCAGUGAGAGAUGUAGAGAGAGAGAGAUAGAUUAUAUGUAUAGAGAUAUAUAUAUAUAUAUUCAAGGUUAUGGCUGCUUAUUACAUUCUUACUCUGAGCUCUGAGUGACUUUGUUAACGGCUGCUUUUAUUUUAAGUCUAUUUGAUCCACUAUGACUCAAAAUGAUUAUCCACUGACUCCCAGUAUCACAAGAGACUAGCAGAACUCAAUGCACA